AUGGCAACCAAAACUAAGAAAUCAAAAAAAACCGAAACCCUUUUAGAUAAUGACGAAGGUUCGUCAAGUGAUAUGAUCGAAAAAAAAUUAAAAAGGACCCUCUCUACGGUAGAGUUAGACAAAAUUAAUCUACCAACUCUUAAAAGAAAAAAGGUUAAAAAAACGCAGCCAGAACGAUCUUUUCUCAUUUACCCUGUUGACAACAUUAUUCAAAAAACAAAAAAUGAUAAUGAUGAACUUAAGAAGCUUCUUAUUAGUAAGGAACUUAUUGAUGUUAAAGAAGAACUUACUGUUAAUUAUAAAAAUUCAGAGAUUAUUAAUCUACCACGAUUAAGCGAAAAUAAGUUUCAAAAUCGCAUUCAUAUUAGAGAAGGAAAACUACCUUUUAUUUGUAGAAGAAAUUGCGUUGAAAUAUUCCGUAAAGUUAUAGAUUCAAUCGAAGAACAGAAUGAAUCUAGAGGUUUAUAUAUAUUCGGACCUUCCGGUUUAGGAAAGUCAUAUAGCAUAUAUUAUCUUGUCGCUCAACUCCGUCUACAUAACAACCUUAGGGUAACGUAUAUUAAUAGCUGUGAGGAAUGGUGGAGAAGCCAUGAAACCGAACCAUACGAGUUCUUGCUCAAUGAGUUGAUAUGUACAUUCAGUAAUGAUGAAUUAUCCCCGCUUACUGUAGCUGAUUGGAUUGAAUUUGUGAUUAAAGGUCUUACAAAACGUUUGAGCAAUAAAUUUGACAAGUUAACAGAACAUUCUAAGUGGGUCGAAGCAUUCAUGAUGUUGUUUAUUUUAAAACCUAAAUUUGAGUUGUUUUAA